GUAUCGCGGCGAAAAUGUCUGUGUAGUCCUACCCUAAACUUUCCAGUUCAAAAGUGAUACAAAAUAAAGCUGAUACAGCUGGAGUCUUUUGAUGUUUUUUGUUUAAACCAGUAUUACUUUAUAUCCAUCUCUCUCUCUCUUAUUCAACCAACUGCCUUGUUUUAAUGGUCACUGACAUCAUAAUAGGCAAAACAAUUGGCCAUCCGUUAGUAAAUCUAGUCUGUCUGCCAGUUGUUUAGUUCCGAGGAAUGUCCAAUCAGAAUUGUUUUGCUCAAUGCCUUAAAGAGACGCUGUCAACAAAAUGUGUUUCCUGUUCCAAAAAUAAUUCUAUUCACCUAUGUUGUUUUCUCUUUACAUUAGUAUAAGUAUAUCUUAAAUGUAAACGUUCUGCCUACAUACUGUAAUCACAGACUGGCAUAAACAGUAAAUAGAUAUGCUGGCAGGGCAGAGAAAGCAACUUGUCUUGUCUGUGCUGCUGAUAAUAAAGACUUACAUAUUCAGAUCUUUCCUAGCAUCUUUCUUCCACAGAAUCAUGUGCCCUUCAGAGAAAUAUUUUCCCUGAAAGAAAGGAGCAAUCAAGGCAGAGGAAGAUCUGAACCAAUUAUGUAAGUCCUGUAAGGCAUCUAAUGCAAAAUCUACCACCUUUCCCCUGUAUUCAUUCUUAAAACUCACACAACAUGGCAAUACAGUGAAUAAUAAAUAAAAAAUAUCAGCCCUAGAAGCAUGUAAUAUUUUUGCAUGAGAUGCCAUUUAUCCCAAGGCAGAGCCUGGAGACUUUUGAAAUCAGGCACUUUGCACUUUGUUAUUAGAGUGUUAUUGUGCUAUAAUAUAAGUAUGCAGCUCUCCCCUAUAUACAGAGAAAUUAGACUGGAUACAUGAUGUGUAGAAGACGGUUAAGGAUCUACAAUCAUUCAGCUUAUGAUCAGUUAGAAAAUAAAUGUGUAUGUAUAAUGUCUGAUGCGUGGCAAAAAAAUACAUUUUAAAUGAUUCAUUGCAUCAUUAGCCUUCUAUGUUAUAUCCAUGGGAUGUUAUAAUGAUGCUCAUAAACCUGCCUUACAUACAGUCCUGUUUAGCAUUCCUGUCUCCUAUUUCUAAUAUUGAUUUUUAAUAUGUUGCCAACUCCUCACACUAGUGUACGGAGGAGUCUGGCUCUGCACUGACCUGGAUAAUGAAAAAAUGACCCUGACUGUUUUCCUUUCAAACUUCAGGCCAUAAUGAAGAUUCCUAAAGUUGGAGGAGGGCUGUCUGCAGGGAUAUAAGCUGCCACUGGUGUGUAGUAUUAGCUCAGUGCCGUUGGGCAAGAAGAUCAGAGCUUGAGAAAGAAUCCUGGGGUGCCUCUGUAUACAGGUGUUGGAAUGGACAGCCACAGAUGGAGGGAUGAAGAUGGUGCCUGGUUGUACAACACAGCACCACGUACGUACAUAGACUCCCAUGGAAAGUACAGAACCUUGCCUGGGCCAGACUACAAAACCUAUUCUAAAGAUGUGGAAAUACCCAGGAGGCCACACAGGGACCGAGGCAUAUACAGUACAAUUCCAGGGAGGUUGGUUGAGAGAAGACCCAUGAAACAUCCAAAUCGGGUGCUGCCUAACUCCCAACCUGGCCAAAGUUCUAUACUUCAGGACUCUACAAACUGGACUCCCUCUCUGCCACAAGGAGCCAGAGGUCCUAAAUUAUUGAGAACAGAUCAAAAAAUAAAUGCAGGUGGACGAGAUGAGCGUCAGUAUGAGGAUCCAAACAAGAUGAUUAGAAAGCACGCCAGGGAACAGGAUAGAAAGAGACGGAAGAUGCUGAAAGAAACACAAGCAGAUUCACUGAAUCUCUCGUCUUCUGACAGACACAGGCUGAUGGCCAAGCACAUGGAGGAUUACAGUUUAUAUGGAGAAUGGGAACCUGAUUAUUAUAAGUGGGAGAAAAAAAAGGUAGCCAAACGGGAUGACACAGAAUCUUUUCUUAGUCAAUUGACUUCUCACACUCCGAAAAUACCCCUAAGGGCUUCUGAGCCACAACUGGACAAAGAAAAAUCAGCAGUACAACAUAAAGAAAAGCAGAUUCAAGAAAAGAAAAGGUGGUGGUUCAAGAGUCCAAAGCAGCCCAAGGGAGGAGGUUCAGACUUACCUGCUAUUAAGCACCAGGAGCUCUUAGACAAUAUAUAUGCAGAAGGUGGCUCUAAAAUCAGUAACGAAUUCUACAAAAUCCAGUUUACAAAAGAAAAUCAGGUUCAGAGAAAGCAAAGACAACCCCCUCCUUAUGUUCCACCCCCUUCAUACAAUUCAUCCCAUCGUAUCCUCUCUACCUGUAGGAAAAAAAACAUUUCAAAUAUCCUUCCUGAAAAUAAACUAGUCAGUGGCGGUGUACCAGUGGCUUGUACAGAGAAAUGUGAGAAGGGUGACUAUAAAGUCCCACAGUGCAAUGCAGAAUCUUUAAACAUCCCGAAAUUAACCCCAACAUCUCACAUGAACCUUCAUGAAGGGAGUCAAUGGGCAGCAGCCAAGCAAAAGUAUGAUCUACAGGCCUACCAAAACAUUAAGUGGGAUAGAAAACCUAAUCCGUUCCAGGAGUUCUACUCCCAGUGGCAGGUCAACCAGCCACACCUAAAAGCCAAUACAUUUAGUGACCAUAUAUAUGAGACUGUUGCAGGAGAAGAUCAUUCACUUAUGCCUACUAUGUCUUAUGCUCAAGUGAAGAAUCCAGGUUUGCAUACUGAUGAAAUGACAUAUGGAACAAUGAUCAUACCCCAGCAAUAUGUAUUGCCAAGGACAACUGAGAAAGGAUCCACUGAAAGGAAAGGUAUAACAAAGAUGACAAGAGAUAAGGUUACUAUGUAUGGUGGGCAACAUUAUACUAGACACUUUGAUGUGUCCCGUCCCCCCAUUCCAUCACAAGACUUGAAGUUGGCAAGGGAUUUGGGAUACAGCUAUACAAAUGACAAAUUACACUACUUAAGUAAAAGAGGAGGGGCAGACAAUAAACAUUCUAUACAGCCUGAUGAGGAUGGUGGAUCCAAGGGGGAAAGAACCCUGAGAGUUGUAUCUAGUAAACAGUCAAGAUCUAGAGAACAGCCAGCGUCCUUCACAGGUAAAGGCACAUACGGCUGGUAUAGCCAUACUCUGCCCUGGAAGAAAGAUGUGUCUGACAGCAUGAAAACAGCAGUGCUGCAUAGAAAGGAUCCUGUGUACUCCAGCAAACAAAGAUGGCAGGAUGGAGACUCAAAUUUACCCAAAUGGAGAGAACCUAGAAGAAUAAAUACUUUACCAGGGAGGAGCCAUGAUCAGAAUUUCUGGAGGCAAUAUGAAGACUAUAAGCAUAGGGACAGAAAUGGCCAGUUAACAGAGACUGUUCCACCUCAAAAAGAACCACAACGGUCCAAGGAAAAUGAUGGGUUGUUUGUGAUUGAUGCCACCUGCGUAGUGAUUAGGGCAGAGUUUAUUCCACCACCAAAAAUGGAGCGUGUGAGAUUUAUAACUGAGCAGCAAGUUUGUCAAGGGCAGACAACAGAAGACAUUGUGGACUUUCAAGAAUAUUCCAGGGACAGGAAAAUAUCCCAUUUGGCAGAUGAAUGCGAAACCAACGUUGGCAACACAACAAAUAGAUUUGAACAGUCUGUGCCAACUAAAAGAGAAGUUCCCAAUAUGCAGGAAAGAGCAAAACGGAUUUUGGGGCUGUCUGCAGAUGAACUAGAUGAUGCUCGGCCUCAUUUGGAAAGAAACAAAUUCCCAGGAAACAGAGCUAAAAUGAUAGCGCUAGCGCCCUGUACGGAGGAAAGCCAAGCAGCACUUGCUAAACGCAACGUAACAGAAGAAGAUUAUAGUGAAAGGUGCCAGGAGGUUCUUUCUUCUCAGACUGUAGCCAUUAGAAAUAACCAAGAGGUUUGUCCACUGUCCUGCAACAGCAGCAAGCGGGUGUGUAAUAGUGCACUGGAUGCCACAUGCCACGUUGAUGAUGCUCAUAGUCUGACAUCGAAAAAUAAUAUAAAUAUGACAGCAGAUGACAUUGACAGGGCAAGUGUAGAGUUUCAGGUAAAUGCUAAGUCCAAAGGCAACAGGAGUGCCCCCCAGCUACAUGGGAACACAUCAGCCAAGAUGGAACCCAAGGCAUCUCUAAUGGAGCACAAUGACGCACACAACACUGAGAACACAGACACAAUUUGUGUUAAUUGGGCAAAUACAGAAAAUGCUAAUCUGAUAAUUGAGCAGAAAGUGAUGACAUCAAAAGACAACACAGGUCCAGCUUCAGAACAUGAUAAACAACAUGAUAGUCCUGCAAGAGGGAAAACCAAGCAUUUCUCAGCUGCUUCUGGGCAGAUACAUAACAGAGAGGGGGCAGAACAUGAGGUGAAGUCUGUAAAGCUUGAUGGACAUGUUGCUAAUCUAUAUGAGGCACAGAGUGGCCAAAGCAAACUGCUGAGCCCAGCGACAGAUCAGACUCAUUCUUACAGCCCCCCAGAGAAACCUUAUGCAAAAAAGUACAAUUACUUUGCUAAGGAUCUGCGAGAAGCCGUGUCACGCAUUCGGCGCCACACAGCCCCUGACUCCGACACCGAUGAAGACUUAGACAGAUCUUCCUCUUGUUCUGGUUCAGUAGACUAUAAAGCAACCAAUGAAGAAGUAGUGACCUCUUGCAGUUCAGACACAUCAGACUCAGAGGUCACUGUCAUACUGUCUAAAGGGCAAACAGAAGAAGAGGUGGAAUCGAGCUGUGUGGAAGCUCAACCUGCAUGUGAUGUAUCUGGGGAUGUGCUGCAUGGUGAAUCUGCUGCCAUGAUGACUAGUGUGUUUGCAACUGAUGUAGUCACUGAAUGUUCUAACCUUGAUAGCCAUCAGGAGGGGGCAGCAGGAUUGGAUUUAAACAGCUGUAUUGAGGAGAUUCUACAGGAUCUUAACCGAACGCAGCAAGAAUUUUUUUCCCUUCAGUGAAUGAGUAGCACCAAACUGACACCUGGUCUUUCAUUUACUGGUGUUACUGGUCCUUUUACAUGAAACAAUAUCAUAUUCUAGUUUAUGGUGAUUUAGUUCAAAUGUUUUGCAUUUUAUAGUGAAUUGUGCUGGGGAGAAUGCAGCAGCUGCUGGACAUGGAAAUCAUAGGCUUUCAGUUUUCACAUAAACCUAAUGUAAACUCUGUUGCUCAAAUCGCUAACUUAGUGCUGCUGUUUUAGUGCAUAAAUCACUGUCACAUCAUUGCUAGAUCUGGAACAUCAUGGUCAUAUGACUGCAAGAUCCCAAUCCCAAGGAUUGUAAUGACUUACCUGAUAUCCCGGUCCAGUGCUCCUGUUGGCAGAAAAUUGCACUGGCCUGGGCAACUUGCGAGUGAUCCUCUUCCUCCCUUCUUUCUUUAAAAUCCAGUGGCUGACCCAUGAACCGUAGAGCAAAAACUUGUUAAAGUCUGGCUUUUAACUCUUGCAGAAUAGAAAAAGGCUGGCACAAUCUGGACCACACUCCACAAGUUGAUGCAGUUAAAAAGUAUUUAUUUAGGCAAAAAACA